CCACCGUCAGACCACGUUUCUCGCUCGCAGGAUGUACAGUGCUCUAUUUUCCAGUGUUGUGUUUUUGGCUACCCCAGGAUACGGCCAGUGAUAGUGCGAUGUUUUCUCCAAGGAUUACGUGUGUUUUGUGAGCGAUGCUGGCUCUAAGAGCUGGAUAACUUAGCUGUUCAGCAUGCGCGUAGACCCAGUUUUGUUGGCUCUGCUGGGCGCCUUCCUCGGGGCCAUCUCGGCGGCUACGAGCAGAGCCCUCCGGUAUCAGGCCCCCUACGAGUGUAAGUGGAUGAGUGUCGCGCUCGACGGGAGUGAAUCGGAAGUGUCUUCGUCGGCCGAUCCGGAUCAGGAAGUCGGGUUGACGUGUCGUUUGAAAACAAUCAACUCGGAGAUAGAAAACACGAAUUUUAGCAUAAUUCAGCCGCAGCACACGGUGCGACUUCGGAUAGAAUGCGGCGACCUGUUGUUCAUCGAAAGCUCCAUCUCCCCGGGGAGCUUUCAAACGCUCAUCGACCUGAAAGACCUCUCGAUCGAGUACUGCAAGAUCGCCAACUUGUCCGCGGGUGCGUUUCGCGGUCUCCGCGAGCUUCGGAACUUGACCCUCCGCACGCACAACACCGACUGGUCGGCGAUGACCCUUAACCUCGCGCCGGACGUGUUCUCGCAGUUGGGUCAGUUGCACCGGCUCGAUUUGAGUGUCAACAACAUCUGGUCCCUCCCCGACGGGAUCGUCUGUCCCCUGAAAAACCUCCAACACCUCAACCUUACCAGAAAUAGGAUAACAAAUUUAGACGCCUUCAAGUUCGGCGGCAACCCGUCGUCGGCGGCCGCUCAAAAGUGCGGGCCCCACCUCCAAACCUUAGACAUUUCCAAUAAUAGUUUAGAUGCCUUACCAUCCUACGCCUUUAGUCAUUUAUCGAGGCUCCAACAUUUGCAUUUGCAAGGAAACGUAAUUUCCUUUAUGGCGGACCACGCGCUCGACGGUCUGUCGAACUUGGGGUACCUCAACCUCGCCGAUAACAAACUAGUCAACUUGCCGCCCGAGUUGUUCACCGACAUCCGCGGUAUCAAAGAAGUGUACUUGCAGAACAACUCGAUCAACGUUCUCGCGCCGGGUAUCUUCAACGGUUUGGACCAGCUCUUCGUUUUAGACCUCUCGAGCAACGAAUUGACCGACGAGUGGGUCAACAGUGCCACGUUCACGGGGAUGAUCCGGCUCGUUCUUUUGAACCUCUCCAGCAACAACAUCGUCAAGAUCGACCCGUCCAUGUUCAAAGACCUCUACAGCCUCCAGAUCAUCAACCUGGAGGACAACGCCAUCGAGGCCAUCGGCGAGACCACCUUCCGCCACCUCCACAAUCUCCACACGCUGAUUCUCUCCCGAAACAAGAUCAAACGCGUGGAGUCUGAUACUUUCGAUGGCCUCAUCGCCCUCAACGUCCUCUCUAUCGACAACAACGUGAUCGAGUACAUCGACCCGGAGGCGCUGAAAAACUCGUCGAGUCUUCGGGACUUCCAUCUGAACGGCAACAAGCUCUACGACAUCCCUGCCGUGCUGAACCAGGUCCCUAACCUCAAAACGCUCGACCUGGGCGACAACUUGAUAACGGACAUCUACAACGACUCGUUUGUGAUGAUGGAACAGUUGGUUGGCUUGCGGCUCACCGAAAACAACAUCAGCAACGUCACGAAGGGUGUUUUCGAUAAAAUGGUGUCGCUUAGGAUCCUUAACUUGUCUAGCAAUAAGAUUAGGAAAGUGGAGGCGGGUACCUUUGAUUUCAAUGCCAAUCUGUUGGCGAUUCGCUUGGACGGAAACUAUCUGACUGAUAUCGGUGGUUUGUUCUCGAAGUUGCCCAACCUGGUUUGGCUCAACAUUUCUGAGAAUCUUUUGGAGUGGUUCGAUUAUGCUUUGAUUCCGACCGGGCUCCAGUGGCUCGAUAUUCAUAGCAACCGCAUCACGGAGCUUGGCAACUACUUUGAAAUCGAGAGCCAGCUCCAUUUGACAGUUUUCGACGCGAGCUACAACAGAUUAACUGAAAUCACAGGUAACUCCAUCCCCGACAGUGUGGAAAAUCUUUAUUUAGCCCAUAACCAGAUCGCCAAAGUUCAGUCUUACACUUUUUUCAAAAAGCCGAAUCUCACGAAAGUUGACUUGAGUAACAAUCAGAUCGAGAGUUUGACCCAGAAUUCUCUGAGAAUCUCAACUAUCCCGAAAGACAAAAUGAUCCCCGAGUUUUUCAUAGGUAACAACCCCUUCCAGUGUGACUGCAACAUGCAGUGGCUCCAAACUUACAGCAUCGAUCAGGAGCGUAACAAACCCAAUUUAGUAGACUUAAACACCGUCAAUUGUAAAUUACUCUACAAUCGAGUAAAAAGCUACGUGUUGUUGCACCAAGCGACUCAAGAUCAAUUUUUGUGCCAGUACGAUUCUUUUUGUUAUCCGUUCUGCCAUUGUUGUGAUUUUGAUGCGUGUGAUUGCGAAAUGACCUGCCCCACCAACUGCACUUGCUAUCACGAUGUGUCGUGGUCGGCGAAUGUCGUUGACUGUUCCCGCGCGGGCUAUGCCGACAACCUCCCCCUGAGAAUCCCGAUGGAAGCAACUCAGCUGUACCUUGACGGGAACCACAUCCGAACGAUCGGGAGUCACAGCUUCAUUGGCCGUAGAAAACUGCAGAUUUUGUUCCUGAACAGCUCGAGCAUCGAAAUCAUUCACAACCGAACUUUCAACGGCCUCAAGGAGCUCGAAGUUCUGCACCUCGAUGAUAACAAGUUGAACGCCUUGCGGGGAUACGAGUUCGAGGGUUUACGCAGCCUGAGGGAGUUGUACCUGAACAACAAUAGGAUCACCUCCAUUCAUAAUUACACUUUCAGCUCUUUGUACGACCUGAAAAUCCUGAGGCUGGACCACAACUACAUCAAAACUUUUGCAGUGUGGACCUCGGUGACCUCCAAAUUGAACGCCCUGACCCUCGGGUCGAACGCGUGGUCUUGCGAGUGCGAUUUCGUCAAGAAACUCCACGAUUUCGUAGUCUUCAACAAGGCCAGUAUAGUCGACAUGUCUGAUAUCAGAUGCGUCAACAGAUCCGGCAUGUUUGAUAGCGGUUUUUUGGUGAUCGAGGAAAAUGUUUCCUCCUGCGUAAACAUCCAGAACUCGGUCCUCAACUCGAUAACGUCCAAGUCAAGCGACUCCGACGAAAACAACAACAUGUCGAAUUACAUCGAGAGCGCGCUGAGCAACAAUCUGCAGAACAAAACUGUGAUUCAGAAGCAAAUCAUGCAGGACUACGUGCCACUGCUGGUCGUUACGGUAUCCGUGUUCUUCGUUAUCAUUAUCUCGACGCUCGUCGUUCUCAUGUACAAACAGGAGUUGAGGGUGUGGUUCCACUCUCGGUUCGGCGUGAGGCUCUUCUACAAGACGAGCGAGAUCGAGAUGGACGACCGGGACAAGCUCUUCGACGCUUUCGUCUCGUACAGUGCCAAAGACGAGACUUUCGUGGCGGAGGAGCUUGCGCCGAUCCUGGAGAACGGCGACCCUGCGUACAAGCUCUGCCUCCACUACCGGGAGUUCCCACUCGGGGGUUACGUAGCCGACACGAUCGUCCAAGCCGUCGAGUCCAGUCGGAGAACCAUCAUGGUGCUGUCCGAGAAUUUUCUCAAGUCGGAAUGGUGCAGGUUCGAGUUCAAGUCCGCGCACCACCAAGUCCUGCGGGACAAGAGAAAAAGACUGAUAGUAAUUUUACUCGGCGAUCUGCCGCAAAAAGAUUUAGACCCUGAGAUUAAGCUCUACUUAAAAACGAAUUCGUAUCUCCAGUGGGGCGAUAAGUUGUUUUGGGAGAAAUUGAAGUUUGCGCUCCCGGAUGUGCCCAACAAUAGGCGGCGGAACCAUUAUACGAAUCGCCAUAAUGUUCACCAUGUUCAUAGGCACCAUAAUAGGAAUCAUAACCAUCACAUGCAUCAAAAUAAUACUGUUAGGUCGGUCGCGAUCCAUAUUUGAUGAGUCUAGUUUAAUUGUUUCGACUGUUUUUUUAGUGUUUGCUUCUAGUUCCUUUUUAUUGAGUCUUUUGAUUUUUCAUUCCUGGUUUGCUGGAAAUGAUGUCAGAAUAGAGACCAUGCAUCUUAUUACCACGACUAUUCUUCAAAAUUGUACACUAGGUAAAAAUAAUAUUAUUUUCAGUUGUGAUAACACGCGGAGGUAUAAAGUUUCUAGCUGUAACAGGAAUGCUCAGUUGAGCCCGAAUCUAAACUAUUUUUCUACAGCCAUUAUAGAAGUUCUAAUGACAGUGCAUCUAUCACUGGUGAAUUUUUCUAGUUGCAUUGACAAAAAAAAAAUUGUGCUCAGCCAUGACUUAGACUUCUUGUAACAGCUAAAUACUUUUUUUCCGUGAGUCACUCAUGGUCAACUUUUUCUGUUCUGAUCAUAUAUUUGUUCAGACCUCUUAAGCAAUUAUUGUUUUUAAUGCAAUUUCCGAUAUGCUUUCAAGCAAUACUUAUUUUGUAAGCACAAAGAAAGAUGUAGAGGUCAAUUCCAGCUGACUGCAAACAUGAUCUCAGUUGGGUUGUUCGUGUACAUUUUUGGCAGGAAAAGCACUGAGUCGUUUUCGACGUCGUAAUUUUAUACAAUGAACAUCCCUGAUUAAAACAAAGUUAACAAAAAUUACGAUUUCAUUGCGAUUCAAGUGUCUUUAAAAUAUGCACGAACAUCCCUGUGCGAUUCCAAGUAAACCUCUCUGCCCACACAUCAAAACAUUGAUUUCUUCAGAGAGAAGAAAUUCAAACCUUGCGUUUGUAAAUAAGUAUUAUCUAGUCUCUAAAAGUCAAGUCACCCAAGUGAAUCGCAUCCUGAUUUCUUAGUUUCUAGCAGAGCCCUCCUAAGAAAGGAAAAAAAAAAUAUUUUCAAUUUUUCUGACAAUAUUUACGAUCAAAAUCGACCUAACAGACUCAUCGAAUGUUUUGUUGUUAUUGUGUUUUAGUUGUUUUUUCUAAUUUUCUCUCACAAUGAACGUACCGAAAAGAAGGUAAAUUCUCUAUAAUGUCUGACAAUUUGUCUCCUCGCUUCUUGCACUAGCGUUAUUUCAAACAUAUCAGUAGAUCUGUUUUUUGUGUUGAGAGUAGGCACGAAUUCAAAUUAAUUUUUAUAAAUUGCGAACUAGUCAAUUUUUAUUUUAGGAAAUUAAUGAUUCGACUCUUGGAACAUUUUAUCAAACUGUCUUAGCUUUUUAUCCCUGAUGUUUUAAUAUAUUUUUACCUCAUUAAUUGACACAUUCGCUUUAACCAUUCAAAAAAGUACGUAACAUUAUACAUUUAUUUGAAAGAACGUUAUUCCGAUUUGAAAUUUUUUUUGUAACUUGUAACAUUGCUUUGAGUGCUGAAAAAUAACUUAGGUGAAAAAGAAUACUUCUGCCGAACUUUUUGCUCACUUGCGAUGAUAUUAACGGCAGUAUAUUUUUGUUUUGUUUUUCAGUUCAAUUUUACACAUAUUUUUGUAUCGUAAUUUCUGAAAGUCGUCGAUCUAGGUACGACAAUCAAUAGAGUUUCCCACAUAUUUUCAAGCAUAGAUACCUAUGCCUUAAAAUUGCAUAAUUUUGCACUACUUUUCUGACUUGUAUACCUUGUAAUUACCUAAUUAGAAAAACUUUUUCAGUCGUAAAAUUAAGCCAAAAUUUGUAAAGCCAACAUGUUCCAUCUCAUCAAAUCGAGUCGUUCCGUUCAUCACAUCAACUGUCUACGCUGCAUCACGUGUCAAGUUCUCCACGUCGUUUUCAUCACCGCGUUUCACAAAUCAACUAGAUUUUCAUUCGCAAUUUCGAGAAAAUUGAUGAAGAUUCUGUCCUUGAGGCUUCUUUUAUCAUAUUUUUGUCUCUCAUUCGUCAACGACCAGGUGAUCUACAGUUCGACAAAGUGUUCUAAAAAAUCCGAGUCGUGUAAAUAUACCCUAGUUUUAAAAAAAUGUGAUAUUUGUAAAAAAAAAAAGAAAAGUAAAAUAUUCUUCGCGUCCCUGUGUUAUCUAUCGUUUCAAAUCAAAUUCGAAAAUCAGAGUGUAAAUAAUCGUGUACAGUGUAUUAAAUUACUUAGUGAGCCACCGUCCGAAUGUAUGCCGUCCUAUUGUUGUCCAAGAACAUCCCAGGUAAAAGCAUUUAUUUCUUUCUUGCUCUCUU